AUGGAAUAUCAAGCUCGAAUUAAUAGUAUCAAAAAUUCAUAUAAUCGACCAAUUCGUGAAGUUCAAAUUCCUCAAAAAGAUGGAAAACCUAUGUAUACUUCUGAAUUCUUUGGAUCCAAUGUUUUCUCCUUUAAAACUUUGGAAAAAAGGUUGCCAAAACCGGUUUAUCAAUGUUUCAUCAAACAGAUGCGUGGUAGGCAAGUAAUGGAUAAAAAUACGGCAGAUUCGGUAGCUCAUGCUGUAAGGAUUUGGGCGAUGGAUAGAGGUGCCACUCAUUUUACUCAUUGGUUUCAACCUCAAACUGGAAGUACUGCUGAAAAACAUGAUUCAUUCUUAACUUUAAAAAGUAAUUUUAGUUCUCAAGGUCAUGAGAUCACACCCAUAGAUGCUUUCUCGGGGUCUCAGCUUCUUCAAGCCGAACCUGAUGCUUCAUCUUUUCCAUCUGGUGGAAUGCGCACGACUUUUGAAGCACGUGGUUAUACUGUUUGGGACACCACAAGUCCUAUGUUCGUUCGAGCUGGGCCUCAUGGUACUUCCGUACUUUACAUUCCUUCAAUUUUCAUAUCUUAUAAUGGUGAUGCUUUAGAUGAAAAAACUGUCUUAUUAAGAUCUUCUGAGGCGAUAUCCAAAGCUGCUGUUGAACUUUUGGAAUUGAUUGAUUCUCCAACUGAGGAAAAUUCGACAGUUUCACACAUUUACACUACUUUAGGAGUCGAACAAGAAUUUUUCUUGAUAGAUCGUGAAUUAUGCGGAUUACGCAAAGAUUUGAAAAUAACUGGUCGUACUUUAUUUGGUCGUCUGCCUCCUAAACAUCAACAACUAGAAGAUCAUUACUUUGGAAAAAUGCCGACACACAUUUUAUCUACAAUUAGCGAAGUUGAACUCGAAUUAAUUAAAUUAGGUGUCCCUGUGAAAACAAGGCAUAAUGAAGUUGCCCCCUCUCAAUUCGAAAUGGCACCUAUAUUCGAAAAUUCUUCCAUUGCAGUUGACCACAAUUUAUUGAUUAUGGAAGUGCUUCAUAGAGUUGCACAUCGUCAUAACCUCGAAGUACUCUUUCAUGAAAAACCUUUCAAAGGUAUUAAUGGUUCUGGAAAACAUUGCAAUUGGUCACUCUCCACUGAUUAUGGGGAAAACCUUUUGGACCCUACUAAUUCUCCUGAAAAGAAUGAUCGGUUCCUUUUCUUCUUGAUUGCUAUUCUUAAUGCUGUAUAUGUACAUGCCGGUCUUUUAAGGCUAGGUGUAGCUUCAGCUUCCAAUGAUCAUCGCUUGGGUGCUAAUGAAGCUCCACCAGCUAUUAUUUCAAUUUUUCUUGGUAAACAUUUGACUGAAGUUCUUGAUUCCAUAGAGGAAGAUCGUACAAUUAAAUAUUCCCUACCACAUGUUGAAAGGAUUAAAGUUGGUGGUACGGCGAUAGAUGUCAAGAUCUCGUCACUUCCCGAAAUUUUACGUGAUUUAACUGACAGAAAUCGUACAUCCCCUUUCGCAUUUACUGGUAAUAAGUUUGAAUUUCGUGCAGUUGGUUCAAAACAAUCAACAUCUUUCCCAGUUACAUUACUAAAUGCAGCAGUAGCUUCUUCUAUUCAAGAAAUUAUUGAAGCACUUAAAAAACAAAAGGGAAACAAAGAUUUACUUACGGAUGAAGAUAAAUUGAUCGUUUUAAGAUAUUAUAUAAAAAAGACUAAACCUAUUAGAUUUGAUGGUGAUAAUUAUUCCAAUGAAUGGAUUGAGGAAGCAAAAGUUCGAGGAUUACUUAACUUAAAAAAUUCACCAGCAGCAUUUUCUCAAUUACUUGAACCAAUUCACGCUAAUAUGCUCAUGAAAGAUGGAAUUUUUUCAGAAUCUGAAAUUCAUUCACGUCAUAAUAUUCUUCUUGAGAAGUACGUCAAAGAUUUAUUAAUAGAAGCAGGAACUUUUGAAACUAUUGUUAAUACGCAAAUUUUACCAGCUGCAUUUGAAUUUCGCAAAUCAUUGGCGGAAGCAAUUAAUAUGUUGGAUUCAAUGUCCGCUCCGGAGUUAAGAACACUUGAAAAAACGACACCAAUAGUUGGAAAAUUACAGAAAUUAAUGGAUACACUUAAAGAGAAUAUUGAAAAAUUUUUAAAAAUCGAAAACUUGACGGAACAAGUGGCUUCUGCACAAAUAUAUUUAACCUCCGUUAUUGAAACCGCAAGAAUAGAAGUAGAUAAAUUGGAAGAAAUAGUUCCGGAUAAACUUUGGCCAAUGCCAAAAUAUUCUGAAUUAUUAUUUACAUAG